AUGGUAGUUUCAAAGACCUCAUAUAGUGAACAAACAGCCAGGACCAAUGAUUCGAGAGGGGUUCCAAACGGGCGCCGUCGUGGACUUCCGUCCCGAGUUCAAAGGACUGUCGCUUUGCGAGCGAUGCUCAUCUUUAGCUUAUUUGCUGCAGCUGCGAUAUGUGCUUCAUUAGCAUACACACAACUUAAAAGCACUGAAAGAAACGUUGGGUUGGAGACAUAUCGCUCGAUUGCGUCGAGUGCGACGAGAGGAGCUCAGGAAAUCACCCAACGAAAGGUUAAAGGCUCGGAAGUGAUGGGCACACUAAUGGGUCAGGUGUUCCCGAAUUCUGAAGAUUGGCCAAUGAUUUCGAUGGACGGUUACAUUCCAAUAGCUCAAUCGAUUGCUGCACUCUCAGCUACUUGGCUGCAGGCGCUUGUUGUAGUGGUAAGGCCAGAAGAAGCAGAAGCAUUUGAGAAUCAUACCAAGGAAGUAUAUAAAGCUCAGAACCGACCAAACAGUACUGGCUACAGCGACUUUGGAUAUGGUAUUUGGAAACCAGACAGGAGCGAAAACAAAACCUAUGCGGAUGGGCGACUUCACGACAUCAGUGGAGAGAACGAAUGGGGCGGGAAACGCAAGAUUAUGACCCCUUUGAUGAUGCAUAAUAUGCUCGGGGCAUCGACUCACCUUUAUAACCCUUAUUCGGAAGCGGAUCGUGCUCCUUAUCUUGAUGAUGCUUUCGAUUGUGCCGAAUUACACGAGGACGCCACAACAAGUCCCCAAUGUGGUGUCAUCACAGAUAUGGUUGAACUCAAGUCCAGGGAUGGCCCAGCGGCCUUACUGUAUCUCCCAAUUUAUCCUGCGAACGAUCCAACCAAUGUCGUUGGGAUUGCUGCCUCAUCCAUUCAUUUUGAAGAGGUCCUAACAAACGUUGUUCCUGACUAUGUCGAUGGUCUUACUUGUGUUAUCUCCACAGACACUGCUGCUUAUACCUUCGAGAUCCGAAACGGCAAGCCAAUGAUUGUUGGUAAAGGAGAUCUACACGAUCCCGCAUUCGACAGCUACGGCCAGACCGUGGUUCUCAACGAUAUUGAAACUGGGGCUUUGACCUCAGCGAAAUACAAGCUAACUGUUUACCCUACGACGCAGAUGCUUGAUGCGUUCACUACCACGAGUCCCCUAACUGUUGCACUCGGUUUUGCUGGGGUGAUUGCAGCCGUGGCGUUUCUUUUCUUUUUAUAUGACUACCUAGUGCGUCGCGAAGCUCAGAAACGCCAGGAAAUUUUGGAGAUGAAGCGCAGAUUCGUCCGCUUUAUCUCUCACGAGAUUCGAACGCCACUCAAUACAGUGUGCAUGGGUCUAGAGCUGCUUCAAUCAGAACUAAAAAGUCCACCGGGCCUAGGAACUGGCUCCCCAACUGUACCGUGCUCUGACGAAGACCUUGGUUUCUUGCUGAACGUGACCCAAGACACGAACGAAAAUGCACAUAUUGCAGUCGAAAUCCUUAAUGAUCUGUUGAAUUAUGACAAACUGGAAACAGGCACUCUAGAACUUGAAACGGAGCCUGUAUUGAUCUGGGACUUGAUCGAGCAGACAAUACAUCAGUUUGGAAUUCAGGCUGUGAAUCGCGGAGUCGAGCUCAAGCUUCAUAUGGAAAAACCUGCAGCGACUGCCAAUACUGUCCAGGAUAUUGAAGCUGGAAAAGAAAGCUUCGACCCGUACAAUGUGGUUGGUGACCGUUGCCGACUAAGCCAAGUGAUUCGGAAUGUGAUAUCGAAUGCAUUGAAAUUCACUCCAGUCAAGGGCUCCAUUGAUGUCACUGCCACCUAUAUUCCGAAUGGCUUGCCACAUGCCCAACCAAUGCUCGCACCAGGCGAAGAAGGCGCCAUACGUCAGCGGGCGGGCUCCGUAAGGCUGAGCGUGAAAGAUACUGGAGUUGGACUUAGCCGUGAGCAGCUAAGCAGGCUCUUCAGUGAGGGCGUUCAGUUCGAUGCGAACCGAUUGCAACAUGGCGGUGGCAGUGGUCUUGGUCUGAGCAUUGCAAAGGGCUUAGUUGAGCAACACAGGGGAACAAUUUCUGCUGACUCUGAGGGAUUCGGCAAAGGAACCAUCUUUUCGAUUGAGCUACCUUUGUAUGAAUUUGGACAAUCCGAGCUCGAGGCAGUCCAUUGGUCUGACAAGGAUAGUCAUACGGAACCUACAGAAGAGAGUCAAAGUACCAUUGGAAAUGUGGACAGCAGCUCAGAGGGAGGUGUGGCCGCGAAGGCUGCACCGUCAAGUAGACGUGUGCUGGUGGCAGAGGAUUCGGCAUCCAGUCGAAAGAUGCUGAUACGCCUCCUCGAGAGAGCGGGACACAAAUGUGUUCCCGCUGGGAAUGGUCAGGAAGCUGUCGAUGCCAUCAAGGAAGACAUGGAAAAGUCGAAGGCUGAUCCGAGUCAUAUUCCAAUCGAUAGUGUCCUUAUGGACUACGAAAUGCCAUUGCUUCGAGGUCCUGAAGCAUCAGCAGAGAUUCGGCGCAAUGGCUAUCAAGGUAUUAUUGUUGGUGUCAGUGGUAAUGUCCUAUCGGAAGACAUAGAUUUCUUCGUCCGACACGGCGCCGACAGCGUGUUAGCCAAACCCGUAAGUUUGAAGAGGAUACAAGCUUACUGGAAAGAGGUUGAGAGGAAGGCGGCCGGGAAAACCUUCGCAGCAGACUAG